UGUCUCAACAUGCGAACACCCAAUGCCUUAUCUUUUUUAUGUUUUUUAAGAGGUCGCUUUUAUGACAGGCGAGGCUCUUCCCCUUCCGGCUCACACGAGACGAUUUCGAUAUAUUUGUAGUGAUUAACAAAGUAAUAUCAAUAAUAAUUGUAACAGUUUACAAGCUCACUUAUUAAAACUAUUUGCAUCAUACAACAGUGGUUUUAAUAAAACAUGGUGUCAGAAGUGGGAUGGUGAUUGUGGAUAUAAUAAAGAAAAACAUUCAUCACCAUCAUGGCGGAAGAUCUAGCCACGAUUGUGGCCAUGCAAACAUCCAUCCUUCAAACGAUGCAAAAACAAAUUGAAAAAUUGGAAAAUAUUAGUGUUCCGUGGCCCACGCCGGUAAACGUAGAGAUAGAUCCGGAAGAUGCUUACAAACUAUUCCUAAGAUCAUGGGAAAAUUAUUGCCGAGCCACACAAAUUCAAGAAUGGCCUAAAGAAAAGGAACCUAGAAAGGUAGGAAUACUUUUUAAUGCGAUUGGUGAAGAAGCAUUGAAAAAAUACUCAAAUUUCGGUAUUAUUCAAACCGAAAAAACCACAUCGGCUGAAGUCCUAAAUAAAAUGGCCUCAGUCAUGGUUCCUAGAAAGAACAUAAUCUAUAAUAGAUACCUAUUCUGGAGCACCAACCAACACAGUGAAUCUUUUGACAUAUAUUACAGCUCCUUACUACAGCUAAUUGAAGAAUGCAACUAUCAUGAUAAGGAUGAAAUGCUGCGAGAUAAAAUAGUGUUGGGCAUAAAAAAUAAUACAAUAAAGAAGGAGCUUCUGAAGAAAGAAUCUUUAACACUGGGUGAAGCAGUCAACCUGUGCAGAGCUGCAGAAGCCACGGACUCACAAAUGAGAAAUAUGUCAACUUUACCCAAUGAGAUCAAAGCUGUAAAAAAUAAAAAGAAAGGAAAAUGUCGUUUCUGUGGCACAAUGCAUAUAUUUCAAAAAGAAAUUUGUCCUGCUUGGGGUAAAGUCUGCCAACACUGCAAAGGCCGUAACCACCUCGAGACUGUAUGUAAAAAGAAGAAGCAAGUAAAAGAAGUUAUAGAACAGGAAGCAAGAGACACAAGUACCGGAUCAGAAUCAGAAAUAUCUAUUAUCAAUAAAAUAGUGGAGAACAACAAUAAGAACCUGGCUGAAUGUGAAAUUGAGUAUAAAAGAAAAUCAAGAUAUGGAAAACAAGAGUGGAGUACUACAACAUGUUUGUUGGAUACGGCUGCGGACGAGUGUUUAAUUGGACGAAGAAACUUGGAGAAGAUGUUUGGUGUGGACUUUGCCAAGAAAAAUUUACGGCCAUCUAAUAAGACUUUAUUUAGCUUUAGUGGGCAUAAUAUCAUGGUCCUCGGGGAAACUGACAUUUUGAUUAGAGUACGAGUGUCAGGAAAAGUUGCUAAGUACCAGGUCACCUUUCAGGUGGUCCAUGUGGACCACAUUCCGCUUCUCUCUUGUAAGGCGUGCACUAGAAUGGGUCUUGUGAAAUUUUGUAAAGAGGUUUCAUGUAUUUAUUCUCAACAGACUCAGGAAAUAAUAAACAAACACAUAAAUGCCUUUGAAGGUAAGGGAAGCUUUUCAGGUGAAGUAAAUCUGGAAGUAGACCACACAAUACCUCCAGUUAUACAAAAGGCACGGCGAGUCCCAGUAGCAUUACGACCGAAACUAAAAGAGGAACUAUUAAGACUAGAGCAGGAAGGAAUCAUAACAAAAGAAGAAAACCAUACAGAUUGGCGAAGGAGCACUGGGAGUAGCAGUAUUCCAGGAGGGAUGUCCAGUGGCAUAUGCGUCGCGGUGCCUGACCCCUACUGAAAGGAAGUAUGCU